AUGAAGAGUGGAAGAAGAGGAGGAGGAAAGGUGGAGGAAGAGGAGUUGGAGGAGGAGGUGGAGGAGGAGGUGAAGGAAGAGGAGCAGAAGGAGGAGAAGGUGGAGAAUGGUGGGGGAGGAAGAGGAGGAGAAGGUGGAGGAAGAGGAGUAGGAGGAGGAGGAGAAGGAAGGUGGGGGAAGAGGAGGAGGAACAGGAAGAGUGGAAGAAGAGGAGGGGAAAGUGGAGGAAGAGGAGUAGGAGGAGGAGGUGGAGGAGGGGGUGGAGGAAGAGGAGUAGAAGGAGGAGAAUGUGGAGAAGGUGGGGGAAGGGGAGGAGAAGGUGGAGGAAGAGGAGGAGAAGGUGGAGGGGGAGAAGGAUAA